AUGACUAGUACUACAGUGAGUAUAACAACAAGUACAAGUGAAUAUAAUCCAAUGGUUUGUAUGCAGACAAUCACAAGAGUGAUAGACAGUUCAGUUUGUAUACCAACGACAACAAGAGUGAUUGAUACCACAGUUUGUAUGUCACCGCCCACAACAAUGACUACUGCCACACAAAUUAUAACACCGUCCACAACAAGGAUUCCUAGCACAGAAAAUAGUAUAACACCCACCACAACAAUGAUUACUGCCAAAUAUAUUAUCACACCUUCCGCAACAAGGAUUCCUACCACAGAAAAUAGUAUAACAUCGUCCACAACAGUGAUUCCUAGCACGGAUACUAUAACACCGACCACAUCGGUGAUUAGUGCCACACUGAGACUACUGAGUGUACCAACAAGUACAAGAACAGUUUCUAUGCACACGACGAUUGACACUACAGUUUGUAUCCCAACGGCAUUAACAGUGAUUCAUAUCACAGUUUGUAUAACACCGACCACAACAGAGAUUGGUACUACAGCUGGUACAACACCCACCACACCAGGUACAUGUAGUGUUAGUAUAUUUUUCAUUUUAAUUUUUUUGUGUGUAACCUUUGACGCGUUCCGAACUAUCUUUGUAUUUUGCAAAAUAGAAUUUGUUCUAAACGGAAACUACAUCAUUUGCUAAAUUUUGAAAACACCAGAAGAAUUUCAUUCCAAGUAGCUGAAAUAUGGAGGCAAAACUACCAUGUCCACAAAUUAGAAAUAUUGCAGACUUAACUCGAUAUAUUUUUACUAUAUACAGGCAUAUUUGAAAAAGUAUUUAAAAAGCCAACUAUAAACCCAACGUGUUUCGUGUUGUCCACGCAUUAUAAUGCAUGCAUGCGCAUAGUGAUCAUAUCAUAAUAUGUUGUCACGUCGGCAGCUUUAACUGGACUUUAGGGCCCUUCAAAAUGUUUCACUUCCCUUGCUCGAAACGUAGAAGUUCUGCUUGCAUAUUUCGAUAGUUGCAUGCCUAUAUCAGCCGAAGUUCUGUUAUCAGAGAAAAGUUCAUAAUACAACUAAAUUUGCACCCUAUGAAUUUAACUUGCGUUUUAAACUUGCAUUCCAUUUUUUGGCAAGUCAUUUUUAUAAUUAGUUUUUAAAAAAUCCCAGCUGCGUGCAUGCACUUGAAAGUUUACUUUUCAAAAUAAUUUGCCUAAACAUUUCACAGAGUUUCCUAUAAUUAACAUGAAUUUUAACGAUUUUAUUUCUCUUCUAAUAUAUAGGUCCUCCAUGUGCCAGUGCUCCAUGCUGGAAUGAUGGGACUUGUUCAAAUAAUGGAUCAACAUUUAUUUGCUUAUGUUCGGCUGGAUAUACUGGUGACCGCUGCGAAACGGAGGGUAAAUAUUAUUCUCGAGAACGUAGGCUACUAGAUGUAUUUUUUCGCUUUCUCAUUUCUAUCCCAGAAAGGAUUUUCACCACUAACAGCGCAAGGACGCGCUAAAAUUUUAAAAUAUACACGAGAAUUCCGUGAUAAUGCUUGAGAGAUUAGCAUUGCUCAGAAAUACUCUAGAAAAUAGAUUUGCACUUGAGUCUCCAGAUAGAUGCGAGUGGUUUUUGCGGGAACCACUCAGUAUUUUUUACAAAAUACAAAAUCAACGUAACUCCGAACAUCCUAAACAUUUUCAAAAUUGUUUAUUUUUACGCUAUGAUUAGAGUGUUAUACCAACAGGAAUUCUGUAAUUAUAUUACAGAACAUAGAUAUAUAUAAUGUGGAGAAAUAUGAGAGUGUCUAUGUCAGUUACAUAGUGAAAUAUUAUUAGCUCUUUGGAGGCUUCUCAUUCUAUGGUUAAGAUGAGGGUUAGUCAACUUAUUGCAAUGGAUUGUCUCAAUAGAAGCAGUGACGAGUGGUCAGCUCUUAUAGUCUAGGACCUGUAUAUGUGUUUGUAUGCGAUUCAUUUAAGACAUGCAAUCUCAACUGUUUUAGGGUAAAAUGACCAUGACGCUCAACAUGGCAUAUGUGCGAAAACCUGAAUCCGGGGCGAAAGUCCUGAAAAUGACCCCGCCCUGAAACGGCAGUGUCGAAAUAGCUCUAACUUCUGAAAAGGAAAAGCUGUUUGGAAGGAAAGCUGUUUAAGAUGUUUGGAAGGGUUGCUUCUAGGGGUGGUCAGUCGAAGGAAAAAUUUGUCUAAGUAUAAUAUUUUACCAGAAAAUGACCAUGCACCACCCCAGGUAAAUUGCUAAUGAUGCACAAAAUAACUAAUAUGCAUGGCAGAAAUUAAAUUUUCUUAUUUCCCAAAAAAAUUAUCAUGGGAUGAAAAACUAUGCUUAUAGUUCAAUAUAAUUAUUGUAGUUUUCAUAAGGAUUGCCUUUGUUGUUUUUUAAUAUAAUAUAUUUUAUUUCACUUACCCCCCCGAAAACACGAUUUAAGCCAUACUUCGCAGUCUUGUUCGCCCUCUAUGACCAAGUCUCGCAAAUUUCAUCCAGUUGUUGUACUUUUACAUAAUGAUAAAUGGCUAAAGAAGGUUAUCAACCAAGUUUCAUGACGUUUUGAAACAGUGCAAUGUGUUUUAUGGUCGAUAUUGUGUCCUUCGAUAUUUCGUCAAAUUGCCGCCAUUUUAAUGGUUCGACGCUUCUCUGCUCGAUAAAUGGCACUUCUUCAUUUUCAUAUGUAUUUACAUUACAGUAUCCAAGGGUAUUUAUUGUAGAAUAGUCCGAAUCGAAAUAUUGCAGUUGGAAGGAAGAACCCUCCCGUAAACCAUUUAGGUUCAAAAUAAAAAACAUAUCAUUUGAAAGUCACGCGCAAUCUUUGCGAAAACUUCUCGUGGACAUAUGACAGGGGUGAAUAUUUUCACGAAACGUUUGUUCGCCACCAAAUACGGAAACAUAACUAAAUAUAUUGUAUAUAUUGUAUUUUUAUGAUUUAUAAUAAAAACAACAAAUAUUUGAGUACAUACAAACUCAUAAACGAGUCCCAGACUAUUAUUAAUUAUUUCACCGAAUUAUUAAAAAUAAGCUCAGAUAAUUACAUUUAGUAUAAUUACAUAGGUGAUUAUUGAAAAUUCUCCACGCUGAUUGGUUGCCGUUAAAGUGAUUAUUACGCGAUAAUCACCUAAGCGAUUUUCAAAAUGGCGGACGAAGCCGUUUUGUUAAUUAAAUGACGAAGAAAUGUGUAUUUUUUAAUUUUUUCUAAAUAUUCACGUAGGGCCUAUGAAAUUAUACUAAUUAACAAUUAUUCACCUCAGGUUCGUUGAUUAUCGUGAAUAAAACCCUCGACUUCGUCGCGGUUUUUAUUCACAGAUAAUCACCUCGCCUUCGGCGAAUAAUCGUUAAUUAUUCGCUGAAGGCGAGGUGAUUAUCGGGGAUUCCCCAAUAAUCACCGAUCCGAAAAAUAUGGGCGAAUAAUUGUUUGUCUUUUGUGACUGAAUUAUUUUAAUUUUGCUAAUUCCUUUUUUAGUAACGCACUUCCACAAAACGGAUAGCCGCCAUUUUGCAAAUUUCGGUUUGUUAUAUUCACCUGUAGGUGAAAUACGUACGCGAAAUACAGCUUAAUACGUUAAAUUUGACCAAUCAACUUGUAGGAUUUGUGAUAUUCACUUCUGCAAAAAUACUAAUAACAGAUAUUGGAUGAGGUUUUUGACACUUAUAUAGAGAACAUAAAAUUUCGGGAUAUCACAAAAACCGAAUUCAAUAAUCGUCUAUUAUACAUUGCAUUUUCACUUUUUAUUAACGUUUUCGACGAACAGUGAUAUAUAAACAACGUUUGGUUCUCAAAAAAGACGAAUAAAAUGUUAUAGAUUUCUCAUUUAACUAUACUAAAGUUCUAAUGAAAAUAUCAAAAAAGUCUUCUUUUUGCACAAAAAAAAACAUUGAAACUAACACGCCAUUCGUUCAUGUUAUUUUUUUGUUUUAAUUCGUGUAUCGAAACUUUGAAUGCCAAGUGAGCAUAUAUUUACACUAUCUAAGACCUAAUCAGGAAAGGUUGCGAAAAAUGCAACACCAUAGGUCCUCUGGUAUAGGAAUCGAAUCUGCGCCCAUGCGAUUCCGGGGCAGUCCUCUAACCAACUGAGCUACAGAGGUCAGUUGUCAAAGCGCAACCGCAUGUUCAUGUAUGUGCACUGUAGAUUUUGUAUAAAAUCUAUCGUAAUGUAUUAAAUUGGUGUUCCUGACUUGCAAAAUAGAGUUUGGAAGGAUCAACUUCGAGUUAUUUAUUAUUUCAUUACUUACUUCUUUUUUACAAAAUCAAACAGUUAAUGCGACAUGUCAAGCAAGAGACGAUCCACACUACUCGACAUUUGAUGGAACACUUUAUGACUUUAUGGGAAUAUGUGAAUAUAUUCUGGCUAAAGACAGUGUAAAUAACACAUUUGAAGUAAGACAAUUGAAUGAACCGUGUGGAAAUGGAGAAUUUUCAUGCACAAAAUCGCUAACAGUGAUUUUCCCAAACGUAACUAUCCAACUACUGCGGGGAAGUGUGGUGGUAAAUGAUUCGCAAAUUGAUUUGCCUGUAUCUUAUGGAGGUAAAUUCUUUUCAACUUUCAUACCUGAUAUGUGGUUUAAUGCAGUUUGACGUUCCAGUCACACAUUUUAAAUUUAGUAGAAUAUAUCUAGCCAGUUGAACGGCAUAUCCUUUCAUUUGUGAGAGCUUUUAUUAUGAAAAGGAAUUUAAUUAUAUAUAAUGUGUGUUUGGAAUGGUCCUGCCUUAAGUUGUCUCUCUUAUUCAUAAUAUUCUACAUGGUAGGCCUACUUAAUAAGAAAAAGAUCCAAGAAAUGAAAUAUAUUUAUAUGUUCUGCUGUUGAAUAGUUGGCGGUAAUUUGGCAUAGAAUAAUGUUGUGAAAAUUUGAAAAAUUAGAAAAUUUGUUGUGUUUCUUGCUGAAAGUUAAUCUUAUCUCCAUUGUGUUUUUCAAGGUGUCACUAUUGACAAUAUUACGCGCUCUGGAGAUCAAGUAACAUUGGUUGAAAGUGUUUAUGGUGUAAAAGUUGAAUGGAAUAAUGUACAUAAUGUGAGAGUGACAGUGUAUGGACGCUAUGUAGACAAAACAUCCGGUUUAUGUGGCACAUUUAAUCGAAAUCCUGAGGAUGAUUUCUUGACAGCAAAUGGAGAAACUAUAAACGAUGCAGUAAACUUUGGAAAUUCAUGGAAAACUGAUCCUGCCUGUGACAAUGCAACAUAUGCACCACAUCCAUGUUGGACUAAUCCUGGGAAGAACGCGACUGCUACAGCCAACUGUUCAGCUUUGUUAACGCCUCCAUUCAAUGUUUGUGCAAGCCAUGUUGAUCCAGUGUCAGAGGGUUAUAUUCAGAAUUGUGAAUAUCAAGUAUGUGGCUGCGGCGAUGAUCCUACAGUUUGUCUAUGUGAAGCAAUAGAGGCCUAUGUCGCAGAGUGUUCUUCGUCUGGUGUGGACAUUAUCUGGUUGAGUGAUGAUCGAUAUCAACAAUGCGGUAUGUCACAACUUUAUGCGUAA